CUGUGGUCAGUCUGUGGUCAGUCUGUGGUCAGUCUGUGGUCAGUCUGUUACCCCAUAUUUUUAAUGACCCCGCAUCGUUGCUCUGCGAACAGUUCAGCGUCCUUCGGCAGUGGAAAUGCGAAACAUGGGUUUGGCCGCAGUACCGUUCAGCCAUGAGAUCGAGCUCUGUCCCGAGCUCCAGCUCCGAGAGAUCGAAGGACAAAAAAGGCUGGUGUCGACAACGAAACUUCUCCGCCUUCCUGGACACCCAGGAAUCCCCCUAGCCGCCGAACCAGAGGUCCGGAACCUCCUGGAGCGCGAAAUGAUGACACCGGAUCUGAACAGAAUGGCUCCGCAUCUAUGGUUGGUCGCCAAACCAUCGAGCGACCACUGUAAUCCUCUGCACGAACAGGUUGUUCGCGGCCGAAACAUUGUCAUAACCGAGAAUCCGGAGCUGCAUCUUUGCUGGUUCGAUAGCAGGGUCUUCAUCAAACCCAUUCCUCGUUAUCUCUUGUCGUGGGCAUUCUGGCGACACUACUUGAACGAUUCGGACGCCGAUUCGGAUCCAAAGGAGAAGGGGCGGCUGAUAGAAGCCGUCCUUGGAUACAUGCGGUCGUACAGCUUCCUGGUUCGGCAUGAAUCCGACUACAGGAUAGCAGUCAAGGAACACCUCAUCCCCGUAACAACGACGUACGAGGACUUCAUGAUAUUCAUCUCCAGUUUCGCCGAAAUUCAAGACAGCCAAGUCUCACCACGGUAUCGAUUCGGCGAGCUGCGCCUACGGAGACUGAAUAUGUGGGCGCCAGUACUCUUGAAGAGGACAAACUUCCACAAGAUUGUCUGGCAGUACGGCGACUACCUCGCGCAGUAUUACGCACCGUACCUCUUUUUCUUCAGCAUCUUCUCGGUCGUGUUGAGCGCCAUGCAGGUUGGCGUAGGCGCAAAGACGGAUUGGCAAUUGUUCUAUGGCGUCUCAGCGUGGUUCUCGGUCGCAACCCUGGCAGUCGUGUGUCUGGUCAUCUUGGGCAUAAUAGGUGACUUUGCCCUCCUGAGUAGCAGAGAGGUGGUGUACGCUAUCAAGCAGAAGUUCUUCGCACGGGAGAACCCAUCCAAAGCAUCUAGAAGGGGCUUGGUUUAGACUGCAAAUCUAGUGUUAGCAUCACCAUUUAAU